GGCUUCCACGACGCCAGGGUUAUCCAGCCUUAUCUCUGAAGCCACGAAUCAACGACUGUCGUUCCAACGCAAAGAUCACAUCGCCAUUUUCUGUCAUCACUCUUGAUCAUGAAGGUCCUGUUGUUGCUCGCUCUGUCCCUCGUCACGUGCAAGGCGUUUAUUCUGGGUGGCUGCAGCACCGAUAAGGACUGCGCUGGGGAUGGAUGCUGUGUGAAAUCGUUUUUCAGCAGCAGAUGCUAUAACCGUCUUCAGUCUCUGUCAAGAUGCUUACUGAAAGCGACCACCAAUUCAAACUGCGCCAGCAUGUGUGCCACAGGUCUUCAGUGUGUUGACGAGAGUUCCCUGGAUAUCGCCAUUGAGCCAGGCUACAACACCGGAAUGUAUGGUCGCUGCGCCCAGCCAGCGUCCGGGGCACCUGCAGUAUUAACUACCGCUGCGCCAGUGGUAGCAUCUACUUCGUCUAAGUAAACACACAUGAUGACAACACAAA